AUGAAGGCCACAGUAGCCUCCAUGGCCACGGCCAUCACCCUGGGCGCCUCAACCGUCCUCGGUGCCUCUAUCAAGGCCCGUGACAGUGAUAUCACCCCCAUCACUGUCAAGGGUAACGCCUUCUUCAAGGGCGAAGACCGUUUCUACAUGCGCGGUGUCGACUACCAGCCCGGUGGCUCUUCCGACCUCAGCGAUCCUAUCGCUGAUACCGAAGGUUGCAAGCGUGACAUCAAGAACUUCAAGGAAUUGGGCCUCAACACCAUCCGUGUCUACUCCGUCGAUAACUCCAAGGACCACGAUGAGUGCAUGAACGCCCUCGCCGAGGCCGGCAUCUACCUCGUCCUCGAUGUCAACACCCCCAAGUACUCCAUCAACCGUGACGAGCCCGAGAUGUCCUACAACGACGUCUACCUCCAGUACAUCUUCGCCACCAUGGAGAAGUUCGCCAAGUACGACAACACCCUGGCCUUCUUCUCUGGUAACGAGGUCGUUGAUGAUGGCCCAUCCUCCGCGGCCGCUCCUUACGUCAAGGCUGUCACCCGUGACAUGCGCACUUUCCUCCGCUCUCGCAAGCUCCGCAAGGUCCCCGUCGGAUACUCCGCCGCUGAUGUCAACACCAACCGUCUCGAGAUGGCCGAGUACAUGAACUGCGGUUCCGACGACGAGCGCUCCGACUUCUUCGCCUUCAACGACUACUCCUGGUGCGACCCCUCUUCCUUCACCACCUCCGGCUGGGACCAGAAGGUGAAGAACUUCACCGGCUACGGACUUCCCCUCUUCCUGUCCGAGUACGGUUGCAACACCAACACCCGUGAGUUCAACGAGGUCAAGGCCCUCUACUCCGAGAAGAUGACCCCCGUCUACUCCGGUGGUCUGGUCUACGAGUAUACCGAGGGUGGCAACAAGUACGGCCUGGUCAAGAUCGACGGUGACGAUGUCAAGCCCAACAAGGACUACAAGGCUCUCAAGGCUUCCUUCGAUGAGACUGCCAACCCCAAGGGCAACGGCGGCUACAACUCCACCGGUGGUGCCUCCGGCUGCCCCGUCAAGUCCAAGCCCAACUGGAACGUCGAUGCCGAUGCUCUCCUCCCCGCCAUGCCCGCCCCCGCCAAGAAGUACCUCACCGAGGGUGCCGGUAAGGGUGAGGGUUUCAAGGGUAAGGGCAGCCAGAACGCCGGCACCAAGUCCUCCGGCGAUGCUACCCAGGGCUCUGGUGAGGUCGCCGCUGCCACCAGCGGCGGCUCUGCUGCUUCCAGCACCAGCUCCGAGGGUGCUGCCCCUGGCCUCAAGCCUUCCCAGUUCGGUUUCGCUGCUGCCUCCGUCGGCAUGGUCACUGUUCUGUCGACUGUGUUCGGCGCCGCUUUCAUCCUCCUGUAA